AUGGCAGCCUCGUACCCCAAGAAGAAGUGCGGUGUCCUGGGAGCCACAGGAUCAGUUGGCCAGCGUUUUAUUCUUCUGCUGGCAGAUCACCCCUUCCUAGAGCUUCAUGCAGUGGGUGCUUCGGAGCGCUCAGCCAACAAGAAGUACAAGGAUGCCGUCAGAUGGAAGCAGUCUGCUUCCAUGUCCGAGAAGAUCAGCAACCUUGUGCUCCGCGAGUGCAAGGCUGAGAACUUCCUGGAUUGCGAUCUGGUCUUCUCGGGAUUGAACAGCGACAUCGCUGGCGAGACUGAGAUGGCUUUCAUCAAGGCAGAAAUUCCUGUUUUCUCUAACGCAAAGAACUACCGCAAGGACCCUAUUGUGCCUUUGGUGGUCCCUACUGUGAACCCUUCACACCUGGACCUGAUCCCUCACCAACAGAAGCACUUCGGGCUGAAGAAGGGCUUCCUCGUCUGCAAUUCUAACUGUGCCGUCAUUGGCGUUGUUAUCCCGUUUGCUGCCCUCCAGGCCAAGUUCGGCCCUGUUGAGGAGGUCGAGGUGUUCACCGAGCAGGCCAUCUCCGGCGCCGGUUACCCUGGUGUACCCAGCAUGGACAUUGUUGAUAAUGUGAUUCCGUUCAUUAGUGGCGAGGAGGACAAGCUCGAGAAUGAAGCCCAAAAGAUUCUUGGUUCCCUGAACGCCGAUGCCACUGCAUUUAACGAGCAGGCCGGUCUGCGCAUCGGCGCCACAUGCACCCGAGUGGGUGUUACUGACGGCCAUAUGGCCUUUGUCUCCUUGCGGUUCAAGAACCGCCAGACUCCCAGUGCCGAGCAGGUUGUUCAAGCCAUGCGGGAAUACCAGUCCGAGGCUCAGAAGCUUGGUGCUCCAUCUGCCCCAGAGAUGGCGAUUAAGGUGUUCGAUGAGCCCGACCGUCCUCAGCCGCGACUGGACCGUGAUAUUUCAAGGGGUUACACUGUCAGUGUUGGCCGCGUUCGUGAGGGUGCCCAGGGUGGCUUCUUUGAUAUCCGUUUUGCUGCUUUGUCGCAUAACACUGUGAUUGGCGCUGCCGGAUCGUCCAUCCUCAACGCCGAGGUGGCGGUCAUCAAGGGAUACAUCUAA